AUGGCUAAAAGAAAGGAAGAAAAUUUUUUCUCUCCUGAAAAUGCCAAAAGACCAAGACAAGAAGAAUUGGACGAUUUUGAUAAAGAUGAAUGUGACGAAGAUGAAUGUACAGUUUCUUUCACUAAUGGUACCUCUACUUUGACAGCAGCAGAAGUUGGAAUAAUUGAGAGUAUUCAGCUCAAAAACUUCAUGUGUCAUUCGAUGCUUGGACCCUUUAAGUUUGGUUCUAAUGUCAACUUUGUUGUUGGCAAUAAUGGAAGUGGCAAGAGUGCGGUGCUCACAGCUCUCAUAGUUGGUCUUGGUGGAAAAGCUGUCACUACUAAUCGAGGAUCUUCUUUAAAAGGUUUUGUGAAGGAUGGACAGAACUCAGCAGAUAUCUCAAUAACAUUAAGGAACAGAGGGGAUGAUGCAUACAGAGGAAAUGUGUAUGGCGACACUAUUAUUGUGCAACAGCACAUCAGCAUGGAUGGAAGUCGAUCUUACAAACUGAAGAGUGCAACAGGUGCUGUGGUUUCUACUAAGAAAGAAGAACUGAUUGGAAUUCUUGAUCAUUUUAACAUUCAGGUAGAUAAUCCGGUUUCUGUUUUAACACAAGAGAUGAGCAAGCAGUUCUUGCAGUCUAAAAAUGAGGGAGACAAGUACAAAUUCUUUAUGAAAGCAACCCAACUUGAACAAAUGAAGGAAGACUAUUCAUACAUUAUGGAAACAAAAGAAAGAACAAAAGAGCAGAUAAAUCAAGGAGAAGAGCGACUUAGUGAACUAAAGCGCCAGUGUUUGGAGAAAGAAGAACGUUUUCAAAAUAUCGCUGGCUUAAGUACAAUGAAGACCAACCUGGAAUACCUGAAACAUGAGAUGGCUUGGGCAGUGGUCAAUGAAAUUGAAAAGCAAUUGAAUGCUAUCCGAGAUAACAUCAAAAUUGGAGAAGAUCGUGCUGCUAGACUUGAGAGGAAAACGGAGGAGCAGCAGGUCAGACUUAAUGAAGCAGAAAAAAAAUACAAAGACAUUCAAGAUAAACUAGAAAGGAUUAGUCAAGAGACACAUGCACGAGCGCCAGAAUGCAUGGCACUGAGAGCAGAUCUUACUUCUAAGAAAAGGGCGUAUAAUGAAGCUGAGGUUUUGUAUAAUCGUUCCCUAAAUGAGUAUAAAGCAUUAAAGAAAGAUGAUGAGCAGCUUUGCAGAAGAAUUGAAGAACUGAGAAAAAGUGCCGAUCAGUCUUUGGAACCUGAACGGUUGGAAAGGCAAAAAAAAAUAUCUUGGUUAAAAGAGAGAGUAAAGGCCUUACAAGAUCAAGAAAGUUCAGUCAAUCAAGAGAUUGAACAAUUUCAGCAAGCCAUAGAAAAAGACAAAGAAGAACAUACCAGGAUUAAGAGAGAAGAGUUAGAUGUGAAGACUGCACUGAACUUUAACCAGAGGCAACUGAAAGAAUUGAAAGAUAGUAAAACUGAUCGACUCAAAAGAUUUGGCCCUCACGUUCCAGCUCUUCUUGAAGCCAUAGAUGAUGCCUACAGACGGGGGCACUUUAACUAUAAACCUGUAGGCCCAUUAGGAGCUUGCAUUCAUCUUCGGGACCCUGAGCUUGCUUUGGCUAUUGAAUCUUGCUUAAAAGGACUUCUUCAAGCCUAUUGUUGCCAUAACCAUGCCGAUGAAAGAGUGCUUCAGGCACUGAUGAAAAAGUUUUAUCCACCAGGGACCUCACGGCCACAGAUAAUAGUUUCUGAGUUUCGGAGUGAGAUGUAUGAUGUAAGACACAGAGCUGCAUAUCAUCCAGAGUACCCAACAGUUCUGACAGCGUUAGAAAUAGAUAAUGCAGUUGUUGCAAAUAGCCUGAUUGACAUGAGAAGCAUAGAGACAGUGCUGCUAAUCAAAAAUAAUUCUGUAGCUCGUGCAGUGAUGCAAUCCCAAAAGCCACCCAAGAAUUGUAGAGAAGCUUUUACUGCUGAUGGUGAUCAGGUUUUUGCAGGACGUUAUUAUUCAUCUGAAUAUACAAGACCUAAGUUUCUAAGCAGAGAUGUGGAUUCUGAAAUAAGUGACUUGGAGGAUGAAGUUGAAAAUAAGAAAGCCCAGAUAUUAAAUCUUCAGCAACAUCUGUCUGCCCUUGAAAAGGAUAUUAAAUGCAAUGAAGAACUUCUCAGAAGGUAUCAACUGCAUUAUAAAGAGUUAAAGAUGAAAAUAAGGAAAAGUAUUUCUGAAAUUCGGGAACUUGAGAAUAUAGAAGAACACCAGUCUGUAGAUAUUGCAACCUUGGAAGAUGAAGCUCAAGAAAAUAAAGUCAAGAUGAAAAUGGUUGAGAAAAAUAUGGAACAACAAAAAGAAAAUAUGGAACAUCUUAAAAGCCUGAAAGUAGAAGCAGAAAACAAGUAUGAUGAAAUUAAACAGAAAAUUAAUCAGCUCUCAGAGCAAGCAGACCCACUUAAGGAUGAAUUAAACCUUGCUGAUUCUGAAGUGGAUAACCAAAAACGAGGAAAACGGCAUUAUGAAGACAAGCAGAAAGAACACUUGGAUACUUUAAAUAAAAAGAAACGAGAACUAGAUAUGAAAGAAAAAGAGCUAGAGGAGAAAAUGUCACAAGCAAGACAAAUCUGUCCAGAGCGGAUAGAAGUAAAAAAAUCUGCCUCAAUUCUAGACAAAGAAAUUAAUAGAUUAAGACAGAAGAUACAGGCAGAACAUGCUAGUUAUGGAGAUCGAGAGGAAAUAAUGAAGCAGUAUCAAGAGGCAAGAGAAAGCUAUCUUGAUUUGGAUAGCAAAGUAAAGACUUUAAAAAGGUUUAUUAAAUUACUGGAAGAAAUAAUGAUCCAUAGAUAUAAAACAUAUCAACAAUUUAGAAGGUGUUUGACUUUACGAUGUAAAUUGUACUUUGACAACUUAUUAUCUCAGCGGGCCUAUUGUGGAAAAAUGAAUUUUGACCACAAGAAUGAAACCCUUACUAUAUCAGUUCAGCCUGGAGAAGGAAACAAAGCUGCUUUCAAUGACAUGCGGGCCUUAUCUGGCGGUGAACGUUCUUUUUCCACGGUUUGCUUCAUUCUUUCUCUGUGGUCCAUUGCUGAAUCUCCUUUCAGAUGCCUGGAUGAGUUUGAUGUCUACAUGGAUAUGGUUAACCGGAGGAUUGCAAUGGACAUGAUACUCAAGAUGGCAGAUUCCCAGCGCUUCAGACAGUUUAUCCUGCUUACCCCUCAAAGCAUGAGUUCACUUCCAUCAAGUAAACUGAUUAGAAUUCUUCGAAUGUCUGAUCCUGAAAGAGGACAAACUACAUUGCCUUUCCGACCUGUAUCUCAAGAAGAAGACGACGACCGGAGUUGAUUUGUGACUUAAUAUGCCAUGUCCUCAUGUUGAAAGACAUGUAAAGGGAAAAAACAUCCAGGACUAUUUAAAGUAAAAUGAAACAAGGUAUUCUAAAAUAAAAGAAACUCCUUUAUGUAUCUGACAUUAUGUAUUACAAAACAUGUAAAUAAGCCUAGAAGACCAGCCACAAC